UAUGGGGUCGACCCCUUGUUUUUUGGAAAAAAUUUUAUUUAUAAAAAAUUUGAAGGAUUUAUUAAUUAAUGUUCAUACUACACAACCUGAAGAAUCUGAAUUGGUAAAUAUCUCAGAAGAUGAGAAAGAAAGGGAGACUGAAUCCUUGACUAAAUCCGAUGGAAACUUUGAAGACUUUAGUAAAUUGGAGGAGGCAUUUGAAGUGCAAGUGAAAAUAGCGGAACCUUCUGCCAACAUUAACUCUCCGCCUUGCUCUAAUAAUCUGGCGACCUUGGCAAUACAAAAUCGCCAGGAAAAUGCAAGAUCGCCAGGCUCUGAUAACUCAGAGUUUUUUAAAAACUCUGGAAGUGGAUGUGAUUCUAAAAAUAGUCCAAUUUUGGUUAAUUCCGAGAAAUUAAGUCACGAUAAUUGUAUGCAAAUUAAAGAUUGCCAGGAGCUUACAAAUUUUAACAAAGAGGCGACUAAUUUUAAUUCCUCAUCCGGUUCUUCUCAGCCAGCUAGUUCUUUUUACCUUCAAAAUGUAAACAUAUUUUUAAUAAAUAAUAUUUCUCAAAAUUAA